AUGACUCCGUCUGCAUCCCCGUCCCCAUCACCAAACCCCGGGGAUGCAAAUGUCAAGGUUGACGCCGAUUCACCGAACGAUUUUAUUCUAUUCAGUCACGAGCUUCCCAGCGGCGACAUCCAAGACCUGAUACGACGACUGCAUAGAUAUGGCACGUUACCUGGCUAUCCACACCUCGCUCGCUUCUUACAGGAAUGCGCCUUGUUGCUCCGAACGGAGAUUCAGAAGCUCCCACGGGCACUGCGAGAUUCUGUCCCGCCAUUCCAUGAUGUGGUGACGCUGGCCUCUCACUGGGAUCGUCUCAAGAGCGGCCCUUUGAGUGGGGCUUGGGAUGGCCCUUUCCUCUGCCUCUAUGAGAUAGCUAUGCUGAUUGGACACCAUGAGACACAUCAACUCUCGUACCGCCGUCCAGCAUGCUUGGUAGGAAUCAGCGUUGGUCUAUUCUCGGCAGCAGCAGUAGCUGUUUCGAAGUCCAUAUCGGACCUCGUCUCGUAUGGAGCUGAAAGCGUGCGGACCGCGUUUGCAUUCUGUGUUCAUGUACAGCGCGUUUCCCAAGAACUCGAACCUACCAUGACAGAGCAGGCUGCAUCAGUUAGCUGGGCCACGGUCGUCAUAGGCGUGCCGGCAGACACCAUCCAGGUGGAAUUGGACCGGUUCAAUCAUCUAAAAGAGUCAGAAAGCCCUGGUGCAAAUGCAAGGCCCCUGACUGGCGUGAGUAUCAGUCACGUUGACCAAACCUCAGUUGGCGUCACAGGCCCUCCCAGCCGCCUCAAGCAGCUCUUCCGCCAGUCCGAGCUACUCCGUUCCUCAAGGCACUCAGCGCUGCCCAUCUCAGGCGGCCUCUGCCAUGUCCCAAAUGUGUAUGACGACGAAGACGUCCGCGCCAUCCUUGAGAUGGCGGAGGUCUGGGAGAAAUGGGGCACCCGUGCUUUGCAGGUGCCACUGAUAUCCCCAUUCACCGGCUCUCCAUUUCUCUGCCCGGAUGCAUACCACUUGAUAGAAGCCAUCUGCACCGAGGCCUUGACCAAGCAGCUGUAUUUCGACAAGCUCGCAGGUGGCGUGGUGACGCAAUUGAAUGGGCUGUCAUGUCAGGUCCUUCAUUACGGAGCGUCCCUCAUGUCCGACACCAUCAUCGACGACGUUACUAGUCAACUCUCACCUUGUGACACCGCACGCCAGUGUCUGGUAGACUGGGCUCUACGCGAUGCGUUUGAUCAACUUCCAGGUGGCCCAACCCCGCCGCGAGACGCGAAGCUGGCUGUCGUUGGCAUGGCAUGUCGCAUGCCGGGAGGUGCAGACACCCCCGACCACUUUUGGGAGCUGCUAAUGAAUGGAGUCGACACUCACACAACUGUCCCACCGGACCGGUUCGAUCUGGAUGCUCACUUCGACCCCAGCGGUGAAAAGGAGAAUACAACGACCAAAGGUUCACAGUCUAACCGACCACUCUCCCGCCAGGCCGAGCAGACAGACCCGAUGCAGCGACUAGCACUGGUUACGGCGUACGAGGCUCUCGAGAUGGCCGGCUUCGUGCCGAAUCGCACCCCGUCCUCUCACCUCUCACGGGUUGGAACUUACUAUGGCCAGGCUAGCGAUGACUAUCGCGAGGUCAAUGCGGGCCAGAAGAUUGGCACGUACGGCAUCCCUGGGACAGAACGAGGGUUCGGCAACGGGCGGAUCAACUACUUCUUCAAUUUCCAAGGGCCCAGUUUCAACAUCGACACCGCAUGCUCCAGCGGACUAGCUGCAGUCCAGGCAGCCUGUUCAGCGCUUUGGGCUGGCGAGGCCGAUACCGUCGUUGCCGGGGGAUUGAACGUCAUUACGAGUCCGGAUAUAUACUGCAUGCUGAGCAAAGGCCACUUCCUGUCCAAGACGGGCCAGUGUAAGGUGUGGGAUAUUGGCGCUGAUGGGUAUUGCCGUGCAGACGGGAUUGGGUCUGUCGUGAUCAAGCGCCUGGACGAUGCCCUUGCUGACAACGAUGUCAUUUUGGCUUGUAUAUCAGCCGGUGCUACGAACCAUUCCGCAGAGAGUAUUUCUAUUACUCAACCGCAUGCCGCUGCGCAGAGGGAAAACUAUCGCCAGGUGAUGGACAGGGCAGGUGUGAGCCCACUGGACGUUAGUUUUGUCGAGCUGCACGGCACAGGAACUCAGGUUGGAGACGCUGUGGAAUCAGAGUCUGUCCUUAGCUUCUUUGCGCCUCUAGGCCGCCGGUCACACCCAGACAAGCGUCUGCAUCUGGGUGCCGUCAAGUCCAACAUUGGGCACGGCGAAGCAGCUGCAGGGAUUGCCUCCCUCAUCAAAGUUCUGUUGAUGUACCGCAACAACACGAUUCCCCGCCACAUUGGCAUCCGGACGGCCAUGAACCCGGUCGUGGCUCAGCACCUUGCCAACCGCAACGCUGGGAUCCUGUCCGAGAACCACCCAUGGCUUGCCGCGACGGCCUCUAAGAAGCGGUACGCUAUUGUGAACAGCUUCGGUGCCCAUGGCGGCAAUACGACGCUGUUGCUCGAGGAUGCGCCAUCGCAACACAGUCAGAGAUACAAGAACCACUCGCGACGGGUGGUAGCCAGCAGCGAAGUCGUAUGCACCUCGGCCAAAAGCAAAGCCUCGCUUCGAGCCAAUAUCAGGGCUUUGCUCGCCUAUCUCGACACUCACCAAGAGACGGACCUUCGAGAUCUUGCCUAUACAACGAGCGCUCGGCGGAUGCACCACCAUAUCCGAAUUGCCAGCUCUGUUACUAGCACUGCACAGCUGCGGUCUUUCCUGCAGGCUGCCGCUGACGAUGUCGAUGCGUAUGCAAAACAUAUCGCGACCGCCACCAAACGGACGGCCGUGUUUGCUUUCUCUGGCCAGGGCUGUCUCUAUCACGGCGCUGCGGCUCAUCUGUUUGAACAAGCACCUUUGUUUCGCAACCAGGUUCUCCAACUUGACCGCAUCGUUCGGCGCCUGGGAUUCCCAUCAAUACUGGUCACCGUAGCCGGUGAUGCAGCAAGUGUUUACGACUCCGCCAGAUGUCCCCACAGAGAGUCAACCCCGAGUAGCGACGCGAGCCAUGAUAGCAACACAAAUAGAACCUCUACGGCACCAGCAGUAGACAGUCCAUUGAUUGCUCAGCUUGCCCUGGUGGUGAUACAGAUCGCCUUGGUGCAGUAUUGGGGGCUGCUCGGGAUCAAGCCCAGCGUGGUGAUCGGCCACAGCCUAGGCGAAUACGCUGCGCUGGUCGCAGCCAGCGUUCUAUCAGUAGCAGACGCUCUAUUCCUGGUGGGAAAGCGAGCCGAGCUCAUGUUGGCCGUCUGUGAGCCAGGGAGUCAUGCCAUGUUGUCCGUCCGCGGCGCCUCCGUGGAUCGCAUAGAAGAACUGUGCCGAGAAAGCGAGAAACGGUAUCCUUUUGAAGUCUCAUGUGUGAAUGGACUGACUGACCUUGUGGUAACCGGUCUGCGAGGCGAUAUGGCCUCUCUCCGUGACCUGCUGCAGGGUUCCGGGCUGAAAUGCGUCCUCCUUGAUAUCCCCUUUGCGUUCCACAGCAAGCAAAUGUCGCCCAUCCUGGAGGACUUUGAAAAUGCAGCUCAGCAGAUAACUUUUCAAGAACCUGCGGUCCCCGUCAUCUCUCCACUACUGGGAAAGUGCAUUUCUGAAGCUAAUGUCAUCAAUGGGAAGUACCUGGCUCGCGCAACACGGGAGCCAGUAGAUUUUGUGGCGGCACUUGACUCUGCUUGGGCAGAUGGCACAGUCAAUGACAAGUCCAUCUGGAUUGAUAUCGGGCCUCACCCAGUCUGUACCUCCUUCGCGAGCAAUCACUAUGGCAAAGCAGCCACACAAAGCUUUGCGUCACUGCGCCGCGGUGACGAGACGCUAUCAACAUUGACGGCGACUCUGGCAGCCCUGCACUGCCUGGGCCUUCCGGUUGAUUGGAAUGAGUACUAUGACCUCAGGGAGAACCCUGCCCGCCUACUGCACCUGGACUCGUACCAAUGGAACUAUAAGAACUACUGGAUCCCAUAUGAGGGCUCAUGGACGCUCGACAAAGCUCAUGCUGGACAAAACAACAAGACCAAGGACGACAAUUCCGCGGUCACUCCGGCCUUCUUCACCUCCUCGGUGCAGCAGAUCAUUUUCGAGGAAUAUGACGAGUCGAUGGGACGGAUGGAGGCACUCUCCGACUUGCACCACCCCGACCUGCAGGGAGCAGCAGACGGGCAUAAGAUACAUGGGAGGAGUGUUGUGACUGGAAGUAUCUGGGCCGACAUCACCCUCACUGUGGGUGAGUACCUGUACAAGCAAAUGGUGCCCGGCGGCAAAAUGCCACACAUGAACGUGAAAGGGAUGGAAGUCCUGGAAGCCCAGGUGCUGCACCCAGAUAUGUCCCAAUUCAUCCAAAUUGAGGGAGUCUUGGACCUACCCAGACAGCAAACGGCAGUCCGGCUGUACGCAGCAAGCGCAAACGGCACUCGGAAUACCGACAAGCCGUUUGCCUCAGCAACUGUUUGCUACGAAGAGGCUCAGGACUGGCAAGAUCAGUGGCAGAUGACCUCGCAUCUUGUUGCUGCGCGAGCCAAUUCGUUCUGGGAAAUGGCAGCAGGCGGAUCAGACGACAAUGCCCGGCCAGCAGGCAAGGGAGGACCUCGAGUGAACAACUUUUUCCGCAGCAUCGCGUACCAACUUUUUGCCAAUGUGGUAGACUACGGCGCGAGGUACCGCGGGAUGCAGCGCGUUGCCCUCUCCGAAGACACGCUCGAAGCAACGGCCGACAUCGUCCUAGACAAGGACCGCCACGGCACCUGGCAUACGCCGCCGCACUGGAUCGACAGCGCGUUCCAGCUCGCUGGCUUUGUCAUGAACUCAUUUGGCGUACAAGGCGAUGGCAAAAUUUCCGGGUCGUCUCGUGAUUUCUUCUAUAUCACGCCGGGCUGGCGGCACUUUAGGCUGCUGGAACGUCUUGAGCCGGGGCCUGAAGCCACGUAUCGCAGCUUUGUCCGGAUGUUUCCAGUCGGCAGUGAGCCGGGCGCAUAUUCGGGAGACAUUUAUCUGCACCGAGGGAAAAGGCUCGUGGGCGUGUGCGCGGGCAUCAAGUUCAAAGCGGUUCCUCGCGCUUUAAUGCCGGUUUUGUUUCCUCGAAUCGAGCCACAAGCUGGCAAGAGACGAAAUCAAGCCCAGACAGCCGAGAAUCGUUUGGUCAAGGGCAAAGGCAACUGCGAGUACACUCACACUGUUUUCCAAGAGCCCAAGUCUAGAACGCCUGCCUAUGAUGUGACCAAGUCGCAGCCCCAUGCCGAGCAUUGUGACAUCAGCAUCUCGCAAAAGACCCAGCCGGUAGCGGCAGUCCCAGUCACACAGCCAGCUCUACCUGCGAAAGAAAGGGGUGAACAGAAUCAAGGUCAAAGCCAAAGCCAAAACGCGCAAGCAACCGCGUGCCUGUCACUGAUUUCGGAUGAGACGGGGCUGGAUCUGGACGACUUGACCGGCGAAGCUGCCUUUGCGGACUUGGGCGUGGAUUCUCUCAUGUCACUGGCGCUAUCGGCCAAGAUACGCGCAGAGUUAGGAAUUGACGUUCAGUCGUCCAUCUUCCUGGAGUGUCCUACUGUACAGGACUUAGUGACGUGGUUGAGCAAGUGA